CUGACAGGCGACGCGCCGGGACAGCGCGGAGGCUCCAGGACUGCCAGCCAUGGCUGCAGGAGGUCCGGGUUCGGAGUCCGCGUCCCCCGCCCCUUCCAUGUCCUCCCUGCCCCUGGCUGCGCUCAACAUGCGGGUGCGGCGCCGCCUGUCGCUGUUCCUGAACGUGCGGACGCAAGUGGCGUCCGACUGGACUGCGCUGGCCGAGGAGAUGGACUUCGAGUACUUGGAGAUCCGGCAGCUGGAGACACACGCCGACCCCACAGGCAGGCUGCUGGACGCCUGGCAGGGACGCCCGGGCGCCUCGGUAGGCCGACUGCUCGAGCUGCUCGCCGCGCUGGGCCGCGACGACGUGCUGGUGGAACUGGGGCCCAGCAUUGAGGAGGAUUGCCAAAAGUAUAUUUUGAAGCAGCAGCAGGAGGAGUCUGAGAAGCCCUUACAGGUGGCUGCUGUAGACAGCAGUGUCCCACGGACAGCGGAGCUGGCGGGCAUCACCACACUUGAUGACCCCCUGGGGCAAAUGCCUGAGCGUUUUGAUGCCUUCAUCUGCUACUGCCCCAGCGACAUCCAGUUUGUGCAGGAGAUGAUCCGGCAACUGGAACAGACAAACUAUCGGCUUAAGUUGUGUGUGUCUGACCGUGAUGUCCUGCCUGGCACCUGUGUCUGGUCCAUUGCCAGUGAGCUCAUCGAGAAGAGGUGCCGUAGGAUGGUGGUGGUUGUCUCUGAUGAUUACCUGCAGAGCAAGGAAUGUGACUUCCAGACCAAGUUUGCACUCAGUCUCUCUCCAGGAGCCCAUCAGAAGCGACUGAUCCCCAUCAAGUACAAGGCAAUGAAAAAGGAGUUCCCCAGCAUCCUGAGGUUCAUCACUGUCUGCGACUACACCAAUCCCUGCACCAAAUCCUGGUUCUGGACCCGCCUUGCCAAAGCCUUGUCCCUGCCCUGAAGACUGCCCUGGGACCCUGGGUGUGUGUGCAUCUGACUGCCUGUCCAUGUAUUUCUGCCCUUGCCUCCUCCUUCAGUUGCAGGGGAAUCUGUGCUCCGCUUGCCUCUUAAUUCCUGGAGAUGCCAACUCCAGACACAUCUGCAGCAGCCAGACAUCAUCUGAACAUCACAUCUCAUGUCUUGCAUACAACCAGUGGCUGCAAGUGGCAUGUCCACUUGCUGGGUUAUCAGUCAGGACACUGAAGCACAGGGCCAGCUGGGACUAAGAGGAGGACUGGCAGAGCCAGCUCUGAGCCAUUCUCACAUAUCUUCAGCUUCAGUUUCCCUACUUGAGAAGUAGGAUGAGGAGAACAGGCAGCAGCUGUGUUUGAAUCACUGUAGGAAAUGGUGAAGUAUUGCUCUGGGUCUGAGGGAGACAAAUCUUGACUGAGGGAGAACCAAACACUGCUGGACAAUAUGCUGACCACAGCACUGCUGGGACAGCUGCUUUCACGAUGGUGCCUACUGAUGCUUCAGUGCCUCAUUGUACAUCUCACAGCCCACUUCCUCCUGCCCCACAGGGCAGAUGGAAGAGCAGGCUGGCCCAGCACAAGAAGAUUCCACCUUGAGCCUAAUUGGGUCCACUUCUCAUCUGGAUCUUUGACUCCUCCAGUCUCUGCCCCACCUUCAGUGACAAGUCCCCAAGACACCAGCCUGAGCAGCUGGGGCUGCUUUUCACUUCCACCUAUUGAAAUGCCUGUGGCCACACUAUCAUCUCUGCCUAGCAUGAGAUGGGAUCCUGGCAACUGGCAUAUCCAUCAAAUAUGGGUCCUGGGGCUGAGUCACCACAGUAAUGUGAGCAGGGAACCUUGCUCCCUGGGCUAUCCACAGAGAGCUUUCCCACCAACUUUCUGUACUUUGAUGGUCUUACAAAGUUGUUUAUUUACAGACAGCAACCACACAAGAACCUCCUGUCCCAAAGCUGUGCACACAUAGAUACAUAUGAACUCACAUACACAUAUGCACACACAUGCACUCUUACACACAGUACCUGCACAUACACAUUUUCCUCGGUAGAGCUCCCAGGAAUGGCUAGGUGGGGAAGUCCUGCCAUUGCAGGGGCCUAAUCAUCUCCCUGGACAAAGAUAGAACACUCUUGUAUUCCUUUUCUCUUUUUCCCCUACUUAUUGAAACCAAACUUUGGAAAGGACCCAAUGUGCCGAUAUUUAUAUCUUCAAUGAAGUACAGAGAGCAGAAGAGAACUGCUUGAACUCAACAAGUGAGCUGCAGACACAGCUGUUUUCUCCCUCCCAGGGUGAUUUGUACAUUGCCCUCAAGCUCUCCUUCAGGGAGAAAAUAUUAUGGUCUCAGGUACUCCAGGGCAGACUUCAGAACCCUAAAGCUAAUAGAAAAUGCAUCUCUUCACUGCUCCACCUUCAGCCAGGCUGGAGCUAGGUGCCUUCCCUCUAGGUCUUGGGAGGGCAUGGAGGCCCCUCUCAUGAUCUUGAUGAAGUAUUUAGCUAUGUACUUGUCCCCCUUUGAUACUGGGCAUUUUAAAGGAAUUUCAAGGAAGCAUCUUUUACAUUGGUUUUAUAUGCAUUGUGAGAAUUUCAAAGAGAUCUGAGAAAUGCCUGUGUUUGUCAUUCCUCCUGUAU